AAAAUGUCGAGGAGGUCGGAAUGGAUGGUCCGACAUUCCAAGUGGCACAGCUCAAAUAACAAAUAACAUUUCGCUGUUCUUCUCUACAAGCACUUUAUACAACACUUCUCUUUCUCUUUUCUGUCUAUGUGACACAAAAAUGGCGACAAAUUUCACAUUUGUAGUCUUCACAUUACCCCUUUUGCUCAAAUGCUGCAAUCCCCACUUCGAUAUCUUCUUCUAGAUCCAUAAUUUCAACACCCAUUUCCCAAUUCACCUACAAGAUCCCAUUUCCAAUGGGUGUUUUGGGUGAUUCCUUGUGCUUCUGCAAUGGGGUCGGCAAGUCCGAGCGAACCAAGGCUGCCAUUUUUUCCGGCAAAGCUCCUGCAAUGGCGCGAAUCUCCGCCGCUUCUUCUUCUUCUUCUUCUUCUUCUGCUAAUGGCGCCUCCUCUGGCACUGCUUUUUUGAUCCACCGGAGCCUUCUUUUGACCACCCAUGUUAAUCUUCCCUCCGUUUCUGCUGCUGAGAGUUGCGAGAUCCGCCUCCAAAACGGCGGCGCCGCCACUCUCGUUCCUCACAGGUUCUUCAUUACAAGUUCCAUUUUGGAUCUUACAAUAGUGGGCUUAGAUGCAGUGGAAGGAGACUCCCACUCUCAGCAGCAGCUUCAGCACUUAAAGAUAUGUUCUAAACCAAAUCUUGAUCUUGGCAAUGCUGUUUACCUCUUGGGAUUUUCUGACAAAGAUGAACUUAUCAUUAGUGAGGGCAAGGUGGCUAUAGCUACUGAUAACCUUAUAAAAUUAUCGACCGAUGGGGUAACGUGUAGUCCCGGGUCUGCUGGGUUUGAUGCACAAGGUAACCUUGCAUUCAUGGUAUGUGAUCCUAUGAAACUAGCCACGUCUCCGAAUACCAAAUCAUCAUCGACUUCUUCGUCGUCUUCGUCAUCUUGUAAGAAGGAUCUUCCUAUGCAAUUUGGGAUUCCUCUGCCUAUCAUUUGUGGUUGGUUAAACCAACAUUGGGAAGGUAGUCUUGAGGAACUUAACAAACCAAAGCCACAACUCAUAAGAUUGAUGUCUUCAGGACAAAAGAGUGAGCAUUCUUCUUCCUUUACAUUGAGGCAAGUUUUUAAGCCAAUGGAAGCGAAUGAUGAGGAAACCAGGGAAGAACUGCCCGGACCGAGCUAUUCCACUACGACAAACACGAUCAAGGAAGAGGCUCCUACGAAUAACCUACACCUAAACCAUGUGCAAGGAAUUCCUACACCUGAAAUAUAUGAAUCGCCAAAGUUGAUAGCAGUUCCUCUUCGAAAAAAGGAAAGCGCGCCAAUGCAGCUACGGGAUAUCAACUUUCCUCCGAGAGUAUCCAUUGCUGUGAUUACGGGUAAACCUACCAGACAAAACCCACAUGGCUCUAAUGAAAAUUCCACGAAGGAUGUUUCUCAACACAACCAAUGGAGACAAUACCCAAGCAUGGAGAGACAACUCGUCGAUCCAAUCGAAAACAGAGAAGAGGUUGCCUCAACCAAUUCUGUAAACGGGGCCUUAAGUGAAGUUCAGUCUUGUUCAUCUCCCGAGGAAGUUUCAGCGAUGCAUAACGGGCAUAGCAGCGAGGGAGAGACAACAAUGUACUCUGCAGAAACUGCAGAGAGUCGAAACUAUACGAGUCCUAGAGAAGGUAAGUUUCAACAGGUUGGAAGGAGUCAGAGUUGUGUAAACUACAACAGAUGGGGAUCAGUCCAAAGAAAUCCCAUGGCUCGCCGAACAAUCCUAGAGAAUCAAAGAAGUUUCAGAAAUGGAAGGAAGAUGUAUUCUCAAGGGGCUGGAUCUUACCGGAGCAAUGACUACUACAGCCCGACAGUCUCCUCGAUCAUGAAGAAGCGAAACAGCUCGGAACAAGUUAGCAAACCAAGGCAAAGCACUGCUGCUGCUCAUUCUUCCCCAAGAUGGAUGUUCUGAUGAAUUAUCAUCAUUCCACUCAAAAAGGGGAGACUGGGAAACAAUGAAGGUUUGUUAGUGUAUUUGGUUCCCAUUUCUUCACUUGUGCAGAGACCAAUUCGAGGUGAAUAAGAACAUUUUCCUUCUA